AUGCUGCUAAAGGACGGUCUUGAAGCUGUCAAAAGAGAGAAAACAAUUGAUCACUAUGUUAAUUAUGUAACUAAGGAAGUUGUUCUACAAAUAUCACAAUCAACCUGCAGGAGAAAAAAGAAAUCAAUUCAGUCUGCUUCUGGUACUGCAGGAACCACAGCCUUUAAUGCAACAAACAAUGCUACAACUUUACAAACACAAGACAAAUCUCUGGGCUCGUCGUCCACUUUACCAACAUUUGGAAAGAAAUAUGAAGGUAAUAGUGUGGCCUAUAAACCUCUGUUGUGGUCCAGAGAUGUCAGUGUUUCAGACUCCUCAAUAUUUGGUUCCUACUCCUUCGGCCAGCCAGCAGUAUCCACGUCAGGAAAAGUAGUUACUACACCAUUGCUCAAGAGCUCUGAUUUUGGAAAGUCAGCAUUCGGUAUUAAUCAGAAAGGAAGUAGAAUAGCAUCAUACACUGCAACUAAAGAGAAAGAGAGCAAGGAAAAAAUUCAAUCCAUUAGUGGCAUGCAGGCUUAUGAAGAUAAAAGCCACGAAGAGUUGAGGUUUGAGGACUAUCAGUUAGGUGAUAAAGGUCCGACAUGUGCUUCUAUAUUUGGUGAUUCAGGCACAUCUAAAUUUGGUGUCAUUGACAAAUCCAGGCCUUUCACAUCACCAGUAUUUAACCCAUCCACUGUUAAUCAACCUUUUCAUUCUCAUUGUCCAAAUCCAUUUGCCGUGAAAAGACCAGGGAUUGACUCACUACCAAAUGAAAAUUCUAUCACAACUUCAUCUACCCCAUUAUUUCCAAAGUCACAGCAGUCAACUGUUUCCCAUAUAUUUCCCCCCAAAACAUCAUUCUUAAACUCAGAUGUUUCUUCUUCUCCAUGGACCAAUUCAAGCCCUUUUGCAUCUUUAAAAGCAGCUUCUACUUCUUCCACUACCUCCAUCUUUUCUCCGUCAAGUAAUCCAUGGGCUUUAUCAACGUCUUCUGCUCUAUCGUCUCCACUGUCUACUGCUUCUCCAUGUUUGGUCUCACCUUCCCGAGCCCAUCAUUUUGAUCAGAAUCGCUCUUUCUCUACUUUUAACUUGCCCACCUUACCUUCUGUAUCACCUCCAUCCCUUCUUCCAACUCCUGUCUCGACUACAGCACCAGCUCAAUCAUCCUGGCAGUUGCAGCCUACUUUACCAAGCCUUUUUAAUGUUCCAAGCACACCAUCCUCUUUGUUUCCCACAUUCGUUCCACUUGCUCCUAGUCAAAUUACUCCAGAAAAGACUCCUAAUAGUGAAGCAACAAUUUCACCGGCCAUCUCUUCUCAGCCAUUGACAGAAAAUGGACAAGGAGUUGGUCAUCCGGGUAUCAAUGUGCAACAGUCUUACUCUCCAAGCAUCACAGGGUUGCAGCCAUCUAUGGUUCCUUCUGAAACAAAACCUGAAGUCCAGGUAUUCGCUGGACGCCCAGAUUCAGCAACAUCCGUACAGUAUGGAAUAUCAAGCUUACCUGUUUCUGACAAAACUGCUCUGGUCAGACGAAGAUCCUCGUUGAUAAUUCGACAUUCAUCUCUAAGUCGGCAUAGGUUGCCACCUCAAAAAUACAAUCCUGCAAGUGAUAAACCAAAGGUUCCCUUUUUUAUGGGUAAAGAAAAUGCUUCUGGCAUAGUAAGGAAAGAAGUUGUGAUCAUUUCAAGGGAAAAUCCAAGGGAUUGGGUUCAUCCUACCGCUAGAGAAUUUCCUAUGGGGUCUGAUUCAUGUAUAUUGUCUCAACUGAAGCAUACAUCUGCGGACGGGAUGCACGAUGGAGUCAAAGUUAAUGACAAGCCUAACUUAGCGCCUGAAGAGAAGAUGCAUCAUGAUAAAUCUGGACACCAAGUUUCAGCUGAAGCAUUAAAGGAUAGCAAGCAUGAUUAUAAGGAUAUUGAUGCCAUAAUGCCCGAGCUUCAACGCUCUGAUUACUACACAGUUCCUACUAUCCAGGAAUUAAUGUCAAAGGAGAAGGAAGAUCCUGGUUUCUGUAGCCACGUGAAGAACUUUGUGGUCGGAAGAUAUGGCUUUGGAAGCAUCACGUUCUUGGGAGAAACAGAUGUCCGGAAUCUUGAUCUUGAUUCUGCUGUCCAUUUUAAGUGUCGUGAGGUGAUCAUCAAUAUGGACGAGAGCAAGAAACCCUCAGUUGGACAAGGCCUCAACAAGCCAGCUGAGAUAACUCUCCUUAAUGUCAAAUGCAUCAACAAAUCGAACGGGAAGGAGUACACAGAUGGACCAGUGGUUAACAAGUACAGAGAUAUGCUUGUUAAGAAAGCAGUAGAGCAAGGUGCAGAAUUUGUUUCUUAUGAUCCAGUGCAAGGGCAGUGGAAAUUUAGGGUCUCACACUUCUAGAUUAGUUUACAGCUUUUGCUAUAGUACAGUCAACAGAGUUUUGGAUUUGGUAAUAUUCUACUAAAGGUCUAUCACUUCAAUUGUAAGGUGGUCCUCCAACUGAUUCAUUAUAC